AUGGCUCCACUCUAUGUUCAUGUCCAAUCUUUCACAAAGGUAUUGUUUUUUCUAGUAAUAUUUGCUUUAUUACAUACACAUCCUUCUUGUUCUCUUCAACCUACAAUUAGUAGGAGAAAUUUGUUGGAAAAGAAUUUUGUAACACAAGAUUCAGAUGGGGUUCAAUUGUCUACCAAAGAGAAGUCUAGUACAAGUCUUGAUUCACUUAGUACACCCAUUCAAAGCAAGAACAAAACCAAGCUAGCUAAACCCAUCACCAUUUCCCCCACCACAAAUUCAACCAAAAACAAUAAACUUCAAGAAAAGGUACUUCUUAAGAAGACUAAUUCUACUUCCAAACCAUCAAAUUUUACAAAAACUACAUCAAAGGUCACAACUUUGGUAUCAAAAUCUUCAAAUUCCACAAAACCCAUUUCUAAAACCACAAAUUCUACAAAACCCAUAUCCAAAAUCAUUAAUCCCACAAAACCCAUCUCCAAGAAAACAAACUCAACAAAACCCAUUUCUCUUUUGACCCAAAAAUCAACAGAUCCAAUAGCUAAAAAGACCAACAAAGUGGUGAACAAACCACCCACAAUAGAUAAAAAGUCAAAGUCAACGAAACCAGUCAACGGUUUGACUUUCUUAGAAAAUGAUGAUGAAGAUGAUUUUGUUUCAGAAUUUAGAGAUCUUCCCCUUAGAUUCCAAGAAACAUUACUUCCUGAUCUUGAAGUACUUUCAACAACUUCAAAAGCAUAUUUAAACAAAGCCAAUAAACAACUCUCAAAAGGGUUUAAUCCUUAUGUUGGUACAGCUGAAAGAAGAAAGAAAGCUUAUGUGGUUGAUGGUAGUGAGGAGGGGAAAAAAAGCUAGUGAUCACUUUCUAUUAUUUGAAGUCUUUUUACUUUAAUCGCUUUUUUUUUUGUUUUUAUUUUUUGGACAUCUUUGUUCCAAUUAGUUCAUGGAUGUCAUACAAAAUGUACUUUUCAUAUGUGAUUAUAAUGGGCCUUUUUGAUAUAGAGGUUAUUGGGUUUAUGGUGUCUAGAGUUAGUGGGUUUAUUCAAUUUAUAUAUGAUGAAACCAAUAAUUGUAAUAGAUCUAUAAAUAUAUGAGCAAUUAUUUAUUCAAUAGAAAUGAUAUAUCAAGUUUA